UUUAUAGGAUGACCAUGUUGAAAAGCGUAAACCGUGACAAGUGACAUUUCGUCUAGUUGACAGCCGAGUGACAGAACAGAGUGAUCCUGUCAAAAUUUUUGCGUGUUGUCGAAAUGGCUGACAAGAAGCGAAGCAGGAAGCGAAAAGAUGAUUACAUUCCUCCCGGAGAGGAAGUUCCAGACAAGCCAAGCAAAGACGAAUAUACUGUGGCCAAGUGGAUGAGGAAGAAUGUGCCCAUUAAACGGACCAAGUUUUUAAACCAUAAUGUCGAAUACUUUACAGCCAAGCGUGCUGUAGAUGCCCUGUUAGAAUCGAAAUUCUGCAAAGACGAGAAUGCCCUCUUUAAAUCACGGAAUGACAUCAUCCAGUAUCUGCAUCUUAUGCUCGAGCAUAAGUUUUACCAUAGGGCCAGAAAAGUGCCCAUAUCUGAACAAGAAUUAAAAGCGAGAAAAAAGGACAAGAAGAAAGAACUUGCCGAGUCAGCCGACGAAGACAAAAAAGACAAGGACAAGGUGACUGAUGCGGAAAGCAGUGUGGUCGAAGGGAAAGAUCACGCCGAUAAGCCACAAAAAGAGAAACGCAAAAUGAAAGUACGCCUGGAAAUGCACAACGACCAAAGGUUUGUGGACACUUUGGACGCCUACGUGUGGAUCUACGAUCCGAUUCCUUUUCAUUAUUGGAUAUUCGGGACCCUCCUAGUGUUUGGUGCUAUCGGUAUUUGCAUGUUUCCACUGUGGCCGCCAGUUGUCAGGUUGGGCGUGUACUACCUGAGCGUGGCCGCCGCCUGUUUCCUAGUGUCCAUAAUCGUGUUGGCCGUAAUCCGGAUAAUUCUCUUCUGCCUAAUUUGGCUGUUGACGUGCGGCAAACACCACCUGUGGAUAUUCCCGAACCUGACGGAGGACGUGGGCUUUUUCGCCUCCUUUUGGCCCCUCUAUCAGUACGAGUACAAGGGCGGCGCGUGCGGCGAUAAAAAGAAGAAAAAGAAGAAGAAGGACAAGGACAGCGACGCCGAGGAAGACGAAGAGGAGGAAAACGUGGAGAAUAUCGAGGACAAGGACGGCAAAUUGGAACGGGGCAGCUCCGACGAGGACAAGAGACAACCCGAUGGGGCAGAAGAGAAAAAACCGGUCGAGGAACAGGAGGGAGUCGGUUCGGAGAGCGAGAGCGAAUCGAAAUCGUCGAGUACGGGGCGGGAUUUUGAAAUCGUCGAUCAUAAGGAGCUGGAGGAGGCCGAGAAAUAACUUUUGGUUACGUUUUAUAGGUUAUGAUGGUGGGACAGUCGGUCAAAAUUCAGUAUUUAUUAUUAUUAUUAUGGUGUGAAUGAAUCACCAUUGAAUGUAUUUUUUUUUGGUAAUAUGUUUGUCUCACCAGAUUUUACGUUAAUCCCGUUAGGAAAUAAAGAAUAUUUAUGGCUAUUGGCACACAUUCAAUAAAUAACGUUCGUAGUAGUGUAUUUAAAUCGAUUAUUCAAAGAGUUUACGGUGGAUGUUAAUUAACGGUUUUCCAAUGGAAUAUUUAUCGGUAUGUUGACGGUUUUUUUUUAGGUUAUGUCCAUUUAUUACAGUGAUAUUUAUACACAGAGUUUUGGGUUUGUAUAUAAUCAUGUAACGCAGGAUCUGAGGAAACGGCGCUUCAAAGAGUGUUUAUGCAUUUAUUUUUUCUUUUAUUCAGAAUUAGUAUUUUUUUUUCUUUUAGGGUUAUGCUAGUAAUAAAGUAUUUAAAUGGAAUAUAAUGUAAAUAUUUGAA